UUUAUCGUGUCGCCCAAGCUCCGUUGAACUCUCUCUCUUAAAACUCCUUCAAUUUCUUCCUCACUCCUCUUCGAAUCACCAAAAUCACACUACUUCGAAGCAGAAACGUAAAGAGAUUCCGGCAGAUCGAUAGAUUGUUGAGAUAUGGCGCGAUACGACAGAGCAAUUACUGUUUUCUCCCCCGACGGCCACCUAUUUCAGGUGGAGUACGCUCUCGAAGCGGUGCGCAAGGGUAACGCCGCCGUCGGUGUUCGCGGCUCCGACACCAUCGUACUCGCCGUCGAGAAAAAGUCUACUCCUAAGCUGCAGGAUUCGAGGUCAGUGAGGAAGAUUGUCAACCUAGACAAUCACAUCGCGCUGGCAUGUGCAGGCCUGAAGGCAGAUGCUCGCGUUUUGAUAAAUAGGGCGCGUAUAGAAUGCCAGAGCUAUAGGCUUACGAUUGAGGAUCCUGUAACCGUUGAAUACAUAACUCGUUACAUUGCUGGUCUUCAACAGAAGUACACCCAAAGUGGUGGUGUGAGACCUUUUGGCCUUUCAACCUUGAUCAUUGGGUUCGAUCCACAUACGGGUACUCCAGCACUGUAUCAGACAGAUCCGUCAGGCACUUUUUCUGCAUGGAAGGCCAAUGCUACUGGGAGAAACUCAAACUCUAUCAGAGAGUUUCUUGAGAAGAACUACACCGAAACAUCUGGCCAAGAAACUGUGAAGUUAGCCAUCCGGGCUCUACUUGAGGUUGUUGAAAGCGGAGGAAAGAACAUCGAAGUUGCUGUAAUGACUAGAGAGCACGGACUGCGCCAACUCGAAGAAGCUGAAAUUGACGCCAUAGUUGCUGAUAUAGAAGCGGAGAAGGCGGCUGCAGAAGCUGCAAAGAAGGCCCCGGCAACCAAGGAAUCUUAAGUUCUUCUACUUCUUUUAAAUGGUUCACAUUAUAACUUUUACGGACUUGUAUUGCAGAUUAUGGUCUGUUGUUGCUUUAUUUAAAAUGAUUCGUGCCAAGGAUUAUUUUUCUGCUUAUGAUCAUUACUCGAAGGAAGAAUAGUUUGAUGUUCA